AUGGCUACUGUCCAAGGCCACUGCGACCCCAAAUUCGAGGCCGUCAAGGCCCUCCUCCAGGCCAACCUCGACAACGGCGAGGACCUCGGCGCCUCCAUCACCCUCAACAUUGACGGCACCAACGUCAUCGACAUCUACGGCGGCUUCAAGGACGCCGCCAAGACACAGCCCUGGGAAGAGGACACCAUUGUCAACGUCUACUCGUCCACCAAGACCCUCAUCAGUCUUGCCGUCUUUGUCCUCAUCGAGCGCGGCCUCGUCGACCCCGAUGAGCCCGUCGCCAAGUACUGGCCCGAGUUUGCCGCCAACGGCAAGGAAAACGUCAAAGUCCGCCACAUCAUGUCGCAUACCUCGGGUCUCGCUGGCUUCGAGGUCGAGACCAAGCAGGAGGAACUCUACGACUUCGACACAGCCACCUCUCGUCUCGAGGCCCAGGCACCCUGGUGGGAGCCCGGCACUGCCUCGGGCUACCACGCCAUUACCAUGGGCUUUCUCCUCGGCGAGCUUGUCCGCCGCGUCACAGGCCUCACUAUGCCGCAGUUCCUCGAGAAGGAGGUUACGGGGCCUCUGGGCGCCGAUUUCCAGAUUGGCUGCAAGGAUGCCGACCUUGCCCGUGUCAGCGAUCUGAUCCCGCUCAACAACAAUGUCGCCGACGCAUACAGAGAUGCACCCGUCAAGCCGCCUUUUGGUAUGAAGACGUUCCUCAACCCCAACAUGCCCAACGAUGCUGCCAACACCUCGGCAUGGAGAAAGGCGGAGCUGGGUGCCGCCAAUGGCCACUCCAACUCCCGCGGUAUGAACCGCGCCCUCUCUGUCAUCCCACUCGGUGGCGAGGUCGACGGCGUUCGUCUGCUUUCACAAAAGACCAUUGACCGUAUCUUUGAGGAGCAGUCUAACGGCGCUGAUCUGGUCCUUGGCGUCCCCUUGCAGCUUGGUAUGGGUUACGGCCUGCCCCAGAGCCCCUUCCUGACCGACAUGUUGCCCACCGGCCGCAUCUGCUUCUGGGGUGGCUAUGGUGGAUCGCUCGUCAUCAUGGAUGUCGACCGCCGCAUGACGCUUACCUAUGCAAUGAACAGAAUGCAGAACGGCAUGAUGGGUACUCCCACCGGCCGCGCCUACACGCGCAAGGUCUACGAGAUUCUCGGUGUCAAUCUCCCCGCGCCCGCUGUCUCUAUGUGA